UGAACGCUCGCGACCAAUAACAGUUUAAAAUUGAACUAACCGUUUUAUACAACAGUUAAAUAUAUUGGUAUGUUAAUAAAAUGUGGUGGCGGAUAUUGACGUUUUGUGUUCUGGUAACUUUGGUGCUAUUUGUGGUUUUAAGUUGUAUACAAGACCGUCCAGUUGUGAAUCUCUUCUUCCGUCGGUGUUGCGAGGAUAACAUUGAAAACGAUCAGUUGAUCUUCGAAAAUUUCGGUGGCAACUUCCUCAAGGAACGACUGGUUGGUUUUGAUACUGUCGACAAUAGCUCUAUGGUCUCCAAAGAGGAUAUAGAAGAAUUUAUUGAAAAAUUAAACGUACAUAAUCCUGGAGAUAGAACGAGAUUAGAACUUGAUACAGAGAGAGAGAGAGAAAUGCUUGAUGACGAUAAAGAAGAUAUACUAAUAGAUAAUGAGACACUCAAAAAUGAAGCUUCGGAUAGUACAACUGAAAGUACAAUUUCAAUGUACACAGAUGCGGAAAAUACGACUGAAGUGACAAAAACGACUGCAGUAUACAAAAGUGUUGAUGUUUUAGGAUAA